AUGUCAAGCCGAUUUGCUAACGUUAGGCAGGUCAUGAUGAAGAGCAGACGAGGGGCGAAAUGUCCCUUUCUUGAUAAGUUUAUAAGUCUCGCCAUAGCUAAGGAAGAGGAAAGCUUUGUAGCGAAGGAAGAUAUCUUCGGAGAGUAUACUAACGCUGUUGCCUUGUGGACUCAAGGUGACAGUGUUCACGGACAAACCAAAUAUCUAAUGAAGAAGAGAUCUUUUUACAAGGCAAGUGCUAAAAUCACUUCGAGUUAUAUAGGGAAGAGGAAAGCUUUGUAGCGAAGGAAGAUAUCUUCGGAGAGUAUACUAACGCUGUUGCCUUGUGGACUCAAGGUGACAGUGUUCACGGACAAACCAAAUAUCUAAUGAAGAAGAGAUCUUUUUACAAGGCAAGUGCUAAAAUCACUUCGAGUUAUAUACAUAUUUUAAGACUCCUAAAAAAGUAAAAGAAAGUUUUUUACGCGACUCGUUGAGUAGCUUAGCUUACCAGACUCCAAAGUUAGCCGCGUCCCGGAGAUGAAUGAACGAUAGAUAUAUACACAGAUUUAGAGUCAUGUUUACGGCAAAAUUUAAAUAUAUAAUAGGCAGAUAAAAACAGCUCAAACUACUGCGCUUUUCAAAAACACGCUUUUCAAAAGCCGCCUUCGCAAUUGUGUUUUUCGCUGCCGUCAAUCAUAAUUACGAUCGCAAGCAAAGAACCUUGCAACACCCAAAACACAACACAACACAGAAACACACAAAACGGAUCGAAAUCCACCAAUCACAGAUCACAAACCAUGACCUUUUGAGCCCGUUUAAGUAAAGUUCUGUUUCCUAAUAGGUCCGCUAAGAUGAUUGACGGCAGCGAAAAACUCAAACGUCGGUUGGCUUUUGAACUCCAGAUACGCGUGUUUUUGAAAAGCGCAGUAAAUCCUUUGGAUAAAAACAACUUGAAACAACUAAUCUUUGAGUAGAUGUAAUGAACAGUAAAGUUCAUUAAUUGGGUCACGUGAUAGAAAUUAAAUAGCACUGCGGUGCGAACGCAGAGGCCAUGGAACCUAAGAACCCAUAAGAACCUUUUAUUCAACAACCUAAAUAGCGUAAAUUUGUGCUAAUCCAUUUACGGAAGAUGCUGUUUAAGCUCAUCUUGGAAAUGCAGGGUAUUAGUCUCCGGUUUUUACCGUAUAAGAAACAUCUUUCUAGCCCCCUACAAAUUAAGGAUCUAUGUUUGUCCCAUUUCAUUGAUAUCCAAAGCGUUUUCCUCUUGGUUCAUUUAUUACAGACAAAACUACCUCCUCGUAACUCAGGCCACGUUUAUAUGAAGUUAACUUGUGGCGGAUAGAAGAAACGGCUUCCCUAUCCUAAACGAACCAACUUAAGUUUUCUUGUUAAGCGUUGAAACCGUUCACAAGAGAAACAAAAAGAUGACUCAGCUUGAAAGAUGACCCGGUUGAGAAAUUCACCUUUUUCCGAUAGUAUGGUCAUUCUUCUAGCCAGGCAAUUUUUUUUUUUCAUUGUAACACUUUGCCUCGCCCAGCCGGAUCAACUUGUUCAAGGCGAGACCGCUGUUGACUCUGGCAAAGACUCUUUACUCAUAAAAACUUUCGUUUUAGUUGAAUCGGCUAGGAAGGUGACCUUCCUUUUGGUACAUCUUUUCUCCACAUAACAGGGCCUUAACAGUACUGACUUCCAACUCGGUUGGUAAGGUAUUCAUUUACCCAGAAAAGAAUUUUGAUGUGAUUUUUUUCAUCCUUAGUUGCAUAAUGUACCAAGUGAUCCGCGUGGCUCAGGUGUUUGUGCGUUUGCGUCACGCGAUAUCAAUAAAGCAGAAGUGAUCUGCGAGUACGAGGGAGAACAUAUCUCUUUAGAGGAGGCGGAAAUCCGUGGAAAACACUAUGAAGAAGAAGGCAGGCCAUGUGUUUUAAUGGUAAUUGAAAGUGCCGGACACCAGAUUGCGUGA